UUGUAUCAUUUUUUGCUGCCAAUAAUUAAUUCUUACAGUAGAUUAAAGCUCAGAGCCUCGGAACUUUGCUUGUGUUAGAUAUCCCAGUUUGGUUUUCUGGGUCUGCUUCUAGUUUCACUUUUGUGACUGUUUGUCUGUUUCUGUGUUGGGCUUUCCAUAUAUAUUCCACUUUUGGUUACCUUUCUUUGUCAGACUACACAAAUUCCAGUUUGCUAUCUGGGUUUGCUUCAAGUUUCACUAUUGUGACCAUUUCUGUGCCUAAUGUGUGAUUUUAUCCGUAGAGGGUUUUAGGGGCCAACUGAAUUUAGUACCUUCUCCUUCAUUUCUGUUCAGAAGUGCUAGUUUUUGGAGUUCCAAAGUUUCUCACUUGGUGAAUAAAGGGUCUAGAAUCAAUCUUCUGUAGUUGUUUGCAGAAGAAAUGGCAUCAGUUAUAGGUUUUGGGGGACCUCACUUUUUUGCAUUAAGUUCUGAGAAUAAGCCUCGGUUUCGAGUGCAAGUUAGGAGUUUAGGUAAUCAGGAUGCAUCAGUUUUGCCUUCAGACUCGGUUGUAGUGAAUGGAGCUUCUGUAGUUGGGGAGAGGGAGGGAAGUAGGCCUUUGGUUGAUCAAGGGAAUGGGAGUUUGAGGCAUAAGGUUAAGGAGAAACAGAGGAUAGAAGAUGGUGUUCUCGAAAGUUUGGAACCUUUGUGGGAUGAUGGGUAUGGGACUGUGACUGUAAAGGAUUAUUUCGAUGCAACUGAGGAGAUGAUUAAGCCUGAUGGUGGUCCUCCUCGAUGGUUUAGCCCCCUUGCGCGCAACCCUCCAUUGAAGGAUUCUCCAGUUCUUUUGUUUUUGCCUGGGUUAGAUGGUACUGGUUGCGGACUCAUUUUGCAUCAUAAAGCUCUUCAGAAGGUCUUUGAAGUUCGAUGCUUGCAUAUUCCAGUUAAUGAUCGAACACCAUUUGAAGGGCUGGUGAAAUUGGUGGAAGAAACUAUUAGGGUUGAGCAUGCUUCAUCUCCCAACAAGCCAAUUUAUUUGGUAGGAGAUUCUUUUGGAGGAUGCCUAUCACUUGCCGUUGCUGCACGUAAUCCUACCAUUGACCUAGUACUGAUACUAGUCAACCCAGCAACAUCCAUCGAGAGGUCUCAGUUGCUACCUCUGUUCCCAAUCUUGGAGGCUAUGCCUGAAGAAUUACAUAUCACAGUUCCCUAUCUUCUCAGCUUUGUUAUGGGUGAUCCAAUAAAAAUGGCGACGGUUAACAUAAAAAAUAGGCUUCCUCCCGGUUUAAAAUUUACGCAAAUAUCGCAGAACCUCACUGCUUUGCUACCAUGUCUCUCUUCUUUGGCCGAUAUUAUACCAAGGGAAACUCUUCUUUGGAAGUUGAAGCUGCUCAGAUCAGCUGCUGGUUAUGCAAAUUCCCGUCUUCAUGCUGUUAAAGCUGAAGUACUUGUGUUGGCUAGUGACAAGGAUAACAUGGUUCCUAGUCGGGAUGAAGUGGAACGACUAAGGAACUCAUUACAGAACUGUUCAAUUCGUCACUUCCCAGACAAUGGGCAUACCCUGUUACUGGAAGAUGGGGUUAAUUUGUUGACGGUUAUAAAACGUACUCUCAAAUAUCGCCGUUCGAGGAAGCAUGAUAGUGUCUCAGAUUUCCUUCCUCCUAGUAUGACAGAAUUCAACUAUGCAUUUGAUGAAACAGUCGGAUUGUUACGCUUUGCUGCUGGUUCUGCUUUUUUCUCAACAUUGGAAGAUGGAACGGUAGUGAGAGGUCUUGCAGGAGUUCCAAUUGAAGGACCUGUCUUAAUUGUUGGCUAUCAUAAUAUAAUGGGGCUAGAAAUGUAUUCUUUAGUUGAAGAAUUUUUAAGAGAAAAGAAAAUAAUGGUUCGUGGUUUAGCACAUCCAGAACUGUUGUUGGGGAAGAGCUCAGCUGAUUUUGACUUGUUCAACGUAUUUGGUGCAUUACCUGUUACGGCAAGAAAUCUAUUCAAAGCGCUUUCAUCAAACUCACAUGUUCUCUUGUAUCCUGGUGGUGCACGUGAAGCUCUCCAUUACAAGGGUGAAGAAUACAAGUUAUUCUGGCCUGAUCAACCUGAAUUUGUCAGAAUGGCUGCACGUUUUGGGGCCACAAUUGUACCAUUUGCAGCUGUAGGAGAAGAUGACUUACUCGAAUUGGUUCUCGACUACAAUGACAUAAAGAAGAUCCCUGUGGUGGGCGACUAUUUCAUCAAUGCUAAUAAUGAUGCUAUGAAAUUGAGGGAGGAUACACCUGGAGAAGUUGCCAACCAAGACCUCUUCUUUCCGGGAAUUCUGCCCAAGUUACCAGGCCGCUAUUACCAUUUGUUUGGGAAACCGAUAGAAACAAAAGGAAGGGAAGAGAUCCUGAAAGACAAAGACAGUGCAAACAAAUUGUAUUUGGAGAUACAAUCUGAAAUUGAACGAAGUUUAGCAUACUUAAUCAAGAAGCGAGAGGAGGAUCCUUACAGGAAUCUUAUUGACAGAACAGUAUAUCGGGCACUAUAUUCCCGUUUAGAUGAAAUUCCAACAUUUGAGCCUUGAAAAAUUGGUUUCGAGGAGCAUGCUCUUCUUGGUUUUCACUGCACAGUAGUACAAGUAUUUCCUGGGGACAAGGAUGAUGCUGUGGCCGAACAAGAUCAUUAUUUCUCUUGAUACUGAAUCUCGUGUUGCAAUCUAGCGAUGGGGUCUCAGCUGAAGCAUUGUCUCUGAACCUGCAAAUAUCAGACUUGUACAUGCCCUUUACAUGUUUGUGAUAUGUAUAUUUCACAGAAGGUGAUAGUGUACUUUAGGGGUAACGUGUACACAGAAUAGAUGACAUGUAUAUUUCUUUUUUAACCCUUGGCUAUAUGAUAUUGUUCAUGGCUUAAUAUGUAAUAGUGAUACGACACAAUAUCAUAGUGAUGCUACCCAUUGGAAAUCAUUAUUUGAUUGAUGAACAAAUCUUACAAGGUUUUCGAUUACAACAAAUCAGACAAGUUUAUGCAUACAUCUUCGUACAUGUUCUGGUUACCAACUGUUCAAAUUUAUGGCAGUGGCAGUGUUUGAUUUCUUCUAUGUGUUCAAACAUCAAUACCAGAAAUGACAAUUUUUCCAGAAACAUUUGAUAGGUUCCGUACACAGAUUUAGCAGUAUCAGCCUUCUGGUGUGAGAGUUUCUUAGUCAUGAAGCCAGAUUUGUAUCUCCACCAUAAAAGCAGUCAGCGUUGUUUCUAAAGGAUGUAUAGUAGCUUAUCUUUAUUAUAUUCUGCCGAAAGAAGAAUGAAUUAGGAGUAGGGAAAAUUGGGUGUAUGUGGAAAUCAGAACAGAGGGAAUAUAUAACAGCGCUUAAUGGAGGUCCCUAUCCAAGUAUGAGCAGAACAUGAUUCUUCAGGUCUGGCCAAGCAAAAGGAUAGAAUUGAUCCACGAUAUCUUCAGGGAUAAACAGGAGCCACAAUUAUGGUCUUUCAGCUUCAAUUUUGAGAGACUAGCUCAAAUCAGAAGACAAUGCAGGUCACAAUCCAUAGAUAUUUUUGGCAGAAUAUGAUUCCUUCAGCAUUACCAAGGCAUUGGAAGAAGCAUAUGUGAUGGAAAAGUAACAUAGCUAGUUGCUGUAUAUAAAUGCAAGGACAGGCUUCAACAUGUUGCAAGUGAGAAACAAAUCCUAACUUGAGUUCCAAGCAAGAGUGACAGAAGUUCCAACCUUGAAGCACAACCAUGGCUUACAAUGACUACGGCAAUUACAGACCAGGUUACUCCACCGGUGGGGUUGGAGCUUACACCGACCAAUGGGGAAAUCCAAGGUAUGCUUCUGAUGACGAGGAGUGCCGUACAGUAAUUGUUGAUGCUGACGGUACUCGAAGAACAAUCAUUGGUUGUGUCCCUAUCCGUAAACCAGAAAUUUAUGUUACCACAACCGAGACUAUCAUUGAAGAACGUGUUCACUCACCUUUAUUACCUUCAUACAGGCAAAGUUCUCACCCAGGUGUUGUUGAGCCAGUUAGAGGCUACGGCUAUGCUGCUGAUGACUCAUGGCAGCGCAGGUCUUCGAGCCCCGUCAGAGGUGGUUAUGGUUAUGCUGACCAACCCUCCAGGAUUGCACCAUCCAAUGGUGUGAAUUGGCGCCAACAGCCCCAUCAAACCGGACCCUACAGUGGCACUUCAGCAGGCUAUAAUGACUAUAAUGACUACAGCAACAAGCCAGGUCACAAGCAUAGCGGAAAGACUGACCACUAUGAUGACCACUACAGCAACAAGCCAAGUUACAAGCAUAGUGGAAAGAGUGACAACUAUGAUGAUCACUACCGCAAAAAUGAAAGUAGCAGCUAUGGACCAGCUGUCAACAUGAUAUCAAACAUGGUAUCAAGCCGGCCUAAGCCAAGCCGUACUGUAUAUUCUACUGGUGCACUCCCCGUUCGCGGUGAUGGCAGGCUCACUGUUCCAACAGAUGACAUGGAGAAGGCCUUGCACUACUUGAAGGAAAGUGCAAAGACUUCACCAUGGCCACGAACAUAAUGAAAUUGACUUUCAGGAAUGUCAUGUAUGUUAUUUUCAUGCUGCUGGUUUAGUAUAAUCUAGCUACUCUUAUCUGUGUGUUUAUCUGCUUCUGUAACCUGUGUUGAUGGCAUGUAUGCCUUGUGAUAUGAAAUUAUAAUAAAGUAUUGUAGCAAUUAUGCCUGCAAUAAAUAUAAUAUGCAUCGGUUCUAUUUUAUUA